AUGCGCCACGUGCUCUGUGUGUUGGUUCUCUCAUUCUGUUGUGUCUGCGGAUGUGUACUCUCUGCUGAAGGAGGUGAUGCUACUGGAGUUGGUGAUGCUGCUUUACAGAUCCGGGAUGAUGUUCCUCAUUCAGAAGAUGCGCAAGAAGAAACUCUGGAAACAUGUGGUGCCGAAGGUAAAACGACGGGAAAAGCCUGCAAACCAAACACCACGCAGGACUCGCCUCAAGAACGUUCAUUAAGUGGAAACCAAGCAGAUGUUAUCAGUAGAACUCCUCAAGGUCCAAAUUCAGAGAUACCUAGUCACGGUACUAGAUCUACGCCUACAGGUUCAUCUAAUGGUUCGCCUGGUGAUCAGGGUGGUUCUCUUGUAGAAAAAAGAGAGAAUUCAUCUCCACUGAAGGGAGAAAAGAAAGAAGGAGAUGAUGAAGGUUCGCGAGGUGUGGAAGAACAAGUAAGCCGUGGACAAGGAGCUGUAGAAGGGAGCAGAGGGCACACUGACAGUGAACCAACAACAGUAAGCCCUGGUACCUCAGAAAACCCCAAUGGUACGGAUAAUGUGCAAACACCUGGAAACGAACAGAGUAUUCAGACGGGUAAUGUUACAGAAGGCACAAGUGAUGCACAGGGCAAUACAAACGCACAAGAAGCUACCGUUACACAACCUUCUUCUCCUUCUGACACUUCCAGCAGUUCAGUUACAGAUAAUACCGGCGGAACAUCUUCUGGGAGUGAUGACACUGGUUCACAGAAUGAGUCUACAAACAACACAGGUGUUACAGGAAAUACAACCACUACUACUACUACUACUACUACUACCACUACUACUACUACUACACUUCCUCCUGAACUCACAAACAACAAGAAGGGUGAUGCAGACAGCAGCAGCAGUAUCAGCAUUUCUGUAUGGGUGCGUGUACCACUACUGAUUGUGGUUACACUGGCCUGUAUUCUUGUGGGCUGA